UCUGUACUUCUCUCUUCCCACCACCCCCCGGCCCAGUUUCCUCUCGGUCGGGUUUUAAAGCUCAGCUGUCGUCUCGUUUUCGCGAAUCCUAGUGCCCUUGCUUAUUAUUUCCUUUCUUUUGACGUCGCUUUCGGUUUCCUCACCUCACACACGCGCGCCUCGAGGUUCAAAACGUUGACAGCUCCAUCGCUCGCUCGUCCGGUCGUUCGCGCCUGUCCGUCAUAUCUUAGAUUGUCCUACGUCUGAGUGUGUGCUCGUGUAUCCGUACCUCGGCCGUUAUUAAUAGCAAAACUCCGAAUGAGCAAAGCAGAGCAUUGCAGCUAGCUCUGUCGCUCUCACUCUCACCCCACCUCACUCGCACGUCUCCAACAUUGCUUCUCCAACAUCACGUCAAGCUUACAACACAACCCUCCCAUCUACAACUCUCAGUCUCAGCCUCGCGCAAGGCAAAAACCAUGACGGAACCCGGCGAACCUCAGAGCCCGCCGACGACGGCCAUGGCCUCAACGACCCUCGCUACCUCAAGCAUGGCCUCGCCCACCAUCGCGGUAGGGUUCCACGGCGAAGGGCCCGCCGAGACUCGUCCGCCGCUCGCCGCCCCCAUAUCCGAUUCGGCUGCCCAACCAUCAAAGUUCCAGAGUCCCAUGCGGCAUCACCGCCGAACUCCUUCAGCUCAUCGUGAAGUCAAGGAAACGCUCAACGCUGUGACGGAAUACGGCACCGAAGCUCAGGAUGGCUCAAGUCACCACCGCAUCAACCAGUACAUCAUUAAGGAGGAAAUUGGCCGGGGCUCUUACGGUGCCGUCCACCUCGCGACGGACCAAUUUGGCACUGAAUAUGCCGUCAAAGAGUUCUCUAAAGUUCGGCUCCGUAAACGCGCGCAGUCCAACAUCUUGCGGCAGGGCGCUCGCCGACCCCAGCGCUUCGCUCCCCGUGUUAGUCUUAACGCGCCGCUAUCGCCUCAUUUUGGCGAGGAGGGCAAUGCUGGUUGGAACGUCAACGAUGCUCUGUUCUUUAUUAGAGAGGAGAUUGCCAUCAUGAAGAAGCUAAACCACCCAAACCUGGUCCAGCUGAUUGAAGUGUUGGACGACCCGGAAGAGGACUCUCUGUACAUGGUCCUCGAAAUGUGCAAAAAGGGAGUCGUAAUGAAGGUUGGCCUCAACGAGAAGGCGAAGCCGUACGCUGAAGAUUCGUGUCGUUAUUGGUUCCGAGACUUGAUUCUAGGCAUCGAAUACUUACAUGAGCAAGGCGUUAUCCACCGGGAUAUCAAGCCGGACAACCUUCUCCUUACCAAUGACGAUGUGCUCAAGAUUGUGGACUUCGGCGUCUCCGAGAUGUUCGAGAAGCCGGGCGACCCCAUGAAAACGGCUAAAUCGGCAGGGUCUCCGGCGUUCCUUGCCCCCGAGCUUUGCGUGGUAAGGCAUGGCGAUGUGGAUGGCAAGGCUACGGAUAUCUGGUCCAUGGGCAUAUCGCUGUACUGUCUACGAUAUGGCAAAAUUCCAUUCGAGCAAGAGGGCGUGCUUGAAAUGUACGAAGCCAUCAAGACAGACUCCCCUGAGCUACCCGAGGAUGAGAACCCCGACUUUGUGGACCUUAUCAGCAGGAUUUUGGAAAAGGACCCCCAGAAACGUAUCAAGAUGCACGAGUUGCGGGAACAUCCGUGGGUCACGAAACAAGGGACAGAUGCUUUGCUUUCAAAGGAAGAAAACUGCUCGAACACCGUGGAGCCCCCAAACGAGCUUGAGCUCAACCGCGCCUUUACGCGGAAGAUGAACCAUCUCCUUUGCGUGAUGAAAGCAAUCCACAAGUUCAAGAACAUUCUCACGAGGCAAAGAAACGCCAAAUCACGCGAAGGCUCCCAAUCGGACUCUCCCCGCUUGGGCGCGCUGCAUGAGGACAUCGAAGCCCUCCUCUCAAAACGCCGCGAGUUCCUCAAGAAGAAUAGCCUCGCUGACGUCACCAAGACCGCACCCCCCGAGAGGUCCGACUCGGAACCCCGCAUCCUCGGCAUCGGCAUCGGGUCCCGGGACGAGUUCGACAAGGACGAGCCCUCGGCCGGCGCCGUGGCCGAGUCGCCGACCAACGUCGACUUCAAUAUCUACGACAAGGCGUACGAGGCCGAGGUGGAGCGUAUCAUGAGGAAGCAGACGCGUCAGAAGACCAUGUACCUAACGCGCUUCGUUAAAGACCGCGAGCAUUACAAGGAGGUAGCCAACGUCGUGGAGGGCACGUCGGCGGGCGUCACGCCCGUGGGGACGCCAAAGACCGACACGAACCUGGCUGCUUCCAAGGGCCGGUUCGCUGAUUUGGUUCAUAGCAUGACUGGUGCUUCGAAAGCCAAGACUGGGGAGGAGAAGGAGGAGAGUUGAGAAUGGGGCGCAGUGUGAGGGAUUGAGGAGACACACGGCCCGGCGUUUUACGGACAGGCAUGGAAACAGCUUUUAUUACCUGGAUAAUUUUCCUUUUGAAUAUGACACCUGUUCGUGGCAAUCAUGAGAGAAAGAGUUCGUUUUCUUUUUUGAUACCUGAAGGCUGGUUAUCAUGGUUUAAUCAAGAGCUGUCUUUGGAGACUGGGUAUGCAAGCAUGUUAGCCCUCUCAAUCCAUACGGUAUGCCGUGUCACAUAUCAUUUGUUCUCGAUGGACUGCCACCAACAACCAGAUGCCGUCAACUCUUUGCAGAGUCAAAGUCUACAGACCCGACACGUCACCUUUUUCUCUCUUCGUUAUUGACGAUGUACAAUUUACUUCUACCCGCCAUCAUGGACCACCCCUCCAUUACCUUAGAUGAUUAUGUGUUUUCACGUGAUAUAGCC